AUGGACCAGCAACUCCCCCUCUCCUCAGCCUCAGCUUAUACAACCUCCCCAUCUCUCGGGUCAGGCGACACGGCUUGCAACGAGUGCAAGCGCCGCAAAGGGCGCUGCGACCGCGUCCUGCCCGAGUGUGGGCCUUGUGCGCGGAAUAAGCGGCAUUGUCUUUAUGAGCGGAAUGCGAAGACGCCGCUUACGAGGAAGCAUUUGACGGCUGUGGAGGAGAGAUUGAGGAUUGCGGAGGGGAGGUGUAGGGAGUGGGAGGGGAGGGCGAGGGUGGCGGAGGGAAAGUUGGGGGAGUAUGUUGGCCUGCCGUGGGCGCCGCAGACGGCUGAGCACGAUUCUCGGGAUUAUCGACUUGAGGAACCUCCUUCUAAUGCGGAUGACUUUAGCUGGGAUGAGCAAUCGGCGGCUAGUGAUUCGGAACACAGACAGUCCCUGGGGGUGGACGAUGCCGAGGAGUCGAAUGUCACUGAUGGGAUGGCAUCGCUCUCUGUCGAAGACCGGGGCACGGGAUAUCUUGGUGUGGCCUCUGGAGCGGCGAUGCUGAGAUUGCUGCUUCCGGAUGCGCAGCAUAGACGACAUCUGCGAACUCGAUCUAGUGUGCCUAGAGCCGAUCCUAUCGUACCUCAAGAAGAUGGCUGGGUGCCCACUUCGCUCUUUGCUGAACGCAAUAUUGGCAAUAUCGACUUGGACGGCGCGAUCAACUCCUACUUCCGGUGUUUCCAUGUGGCGUAUCCUGUUGUCCACGAGCCUACUUUUCGAGCACAGUACGCUCAAGUGAUACCGCGGCCGAAUGGAAGGACGUGGAAUGCUCUGGCCUACAUGGUCGGUGCCGUAGGUCUGUUUACGACCUCCAAAGGCCCUAGCUCGCAGGAUGUGGAUCUUUUCGAGGCAGCAAAGUCGAACAUAUCGAUCGGAAGUCUGGAAUCUGGAAACAUCACGCUGGUUCAAGUACUUGCCUUGAUGUCGAACUACCUUCAGAAACGCAACAAGCCGAACAGCGGGUACAAUUACCUUGGUCUGGCUCUUCAUGUUGCGAUGGGUCUUGGACUCCACAAGGAGUUCAACGGCUGGCAGAUCGCUCCUCUUGCAAUGGAGAUCAGGCGAAGAGUUUGGUGGACUUUGUUCGACUUCUUCUCUGGCGCGACUGUCACUUUCGGGCGUCCCCUGUCGUGGCCGAGUCAUGGUAUUGAGGUGGCGCUCCCGCUCAACAUUGACGACAGAGAUCUCACCCACGCCUCUGCUACGCUUCCGCCUGCAAAAGCUGGACUAACCACUCACUCGGGGGUCUCGGUACAAGCUCGCUUCCACCUUGCGACCAACGAUAUAUACGCGAAAGUCAUUGCGCUGGACUUUCCUAGCGCCCAAGAACUGCUCAAGCUCGACGAUGAGAGAUUGGAACCCUGGAAAGCGCAAUGGUACAACGACAGCAUAGAAGUGCCUGAGAGACUGAUCCUAUCACGAAACCUCACAGCAUGGCGAUGCUCGAACUUCCGCAUCAUCAUGUACCGGCCAUUUCUGAUCAAGCACGUCUUUCGACUUCGAAACGGGGUGCAGAGUACGACAUUGGAUACAGCAACUCAAAGUGCGAUCGACCGAUGUCUCAACGAAGCCGCCUGGUCGACUGCUUCCAUUCAUGACUUCUGGAUGACGAAAGAACGGCACAUCAUGUCUGCUUGGUACUGCUUGUACUUCAUUUUCCAGGCGUCCCUGAUACCGGUUAUCAUGCUGCGGAACGAUCCCAUGUCUGAACGCUCUGUCCAAUGGCGUCAACAAAUAAAGGCCGUGCUGCAAGUCACCGAGUCUAUGCGAUCCAUUAAUCCGGCAAGCAAAGACUGCCACACUGUGAUUCUCCGUCUGUGCGGUGACUACCUCUUACAGUCUCAAGAUGGCCUUGGGGCGAUACCUGCUGAUCUCCUCCAACCUGUGGAGGAGUCUCCCCAAACUCAGCUGUCCUCUGUAUACUCCAUGAUGUGGCCGAAUGCGAAUACCGCGGAUUUUGAUACUUUGAUCACUGAUGAUAGCUGGAUGGAGUUCAUUACGGACUUUCCCACAGAAACGCCUCUGGUUCCUGACGCCCAAUUCACUGAUGCCGGAUGA